AUGGUCUCUAAGAACAAAAGAUGGCGUUCCGCAUCACUUAGCACGUUUAUAUUUGUUUUCUCUGUUAUUUGUUCAACAUAUGGAUAUGAAAGUCCUGUGGAAGAGAAAGAUUUUAAGAAGAUAUUAAAACAGAAUAAAAACGUUCUGGUUUUGAGUGCACCAAAUGAUCAAACUGCCAAACCAACUCUUCAAGUAUUUAAGCAAAUCGAGGAAGAAAUCAAAGGUCGAGGUUUACUUGUCUAUAUCAAUUGCGAGAAAGGAAAAAAACUUUGUAAAAAACUCAAACCCGAUUCAAACAAUGCAGAAUUACGACAUUUUCAAGAUGGCGAAUUUCAUAAAGUAUAUGAUCGUUCACUUACAAGCAAGGCUAUGAUUAACUUUAUGUUCGAUCCGAAAGGUGAUAUGCCAUGGAGUGAAGAUGUCACAGCAAAUAAUGUGCUGCAUUUGAAUAAUCCUAAAGAUCUUCAACGUGCAUUGAAACAAAGUCUGCCGUUGUUAGUCAUGUUCUACGCACCUUGGUGUGGAUAUUGCAAACGAUUGAAACCAGUUUUUGCCGAGGCAGCAACAGAUCUUCGCGGACGAUUUGUCUUAGCUGGUAUGGAUGUAGAUAAAGUGGAAAACUAUCCAAUUCGUCGACAAUUUAAUAUUACGGGAUUCCCAACAACUAUCUAUUUCGAAAAAGGUGAAGAGAUGUUUCAUUAUUCCGGCGGUCAUACAAAAGAUGAUAUUAUCAAUUGGCUCAAAAAUCCACAAGCAGCAAAAGAAAAAACCGAAGAAGCCGAGGAGAAAAACGAUUUCUUUCCAAUCAACGAUGACACCGUAAAUUAUAUCGUUCAUUUAAAUGACUCAACGUUCGAUGAAUUUAUCGCCACCAAUGCUCAAGCAUCAAUCUUAGUCAUGUUCUACGCUCCAUGGUGUGGUCAUUGUAAAAAUUUGAAACCUGAAUUAAUCCAAGCUUCUAUUGAUCUACAUGAACAGGGGAGCAAUGCCAUCAUUGUUGCGGUUGAUGCAACUAAGUCGCCUGCUCUGACGAAACUAUACAAAAUUCAAGGUUUUCCAACAAUGAAAUUUUUUCGUGAUGGAAAAUUCGCAUUUGAAAUGCACGAACGAACAGCAGACAAAAUUGUUGCAUUUUUGAACGAUCCAAAGGAACCACCACCACCAGAACCAGAAUGGUCCGAACAAGAAACAGAUGUUGUUCAUUUAACUGAAGAAAAUUUCAAAACAAUUUUGAAGAAAAAGAAAGCUGCGCUCGUCUUCUUCUAUGCACCAUGGUGUGGUCAUUGCAAGAAGGCUAAACCUUUAUUUACGAAUGCAGCAGCUGCAUUUAAAGACAAUGUCAAAGUCGCCUUUUGUGCUGUCGAUUGUACGAAGAGUCAAUCGUUAUGCAAAGAAUACGAUGUACAAGGUUAUCCAACAAUAAAAUACUUCAGCUUUGGAAAAUUUGUUUCAGCAUAUGAAGAUGAAAGAACCGAGGAAGCUUUUGUUGAAUUCAUGACAAAUCCAGAAGAACAAUCGAAAAAGGUUAAACCAACCCCACCACCUGCCGAUCCAUUAGAAUUUUGGAGAGAAUCAGCACCAGGGUACGAACACGUUCAAAUGCUUCAAUCAAGUACAUUUGAUGCGAUUGUUGGAGCGGCACGUAAAGCAUUAGUAAUGUUCUAUGCACCAUGGUGUGGACAUUGCAAAAAUUCUAAGCCUGCUUUUGCAGCUGCCGCUGCAAAACUUGCUUCAGAACAUAAGGAUAUUGUUAUCGGAGCUGUGGAUGCAACUAUCGAAAAAGACUUAGGAACUAAAUAUGCAGUUCGCGGUUUUCCAACGUUUAAAUAUUUUGAAAAUGGUAAAGAAGCAUCUGAGUACAAUGGCGGUCGAAGUGAACAAGACUUUAUCCAGUUUUUAACUCGUCCCACCGGCAACGUCGAGUUAUAA